GGGAGAGUUCGGCCACACCGCCCACUACGGUGGAGAAAUAAUCAACAGGAUAACAGGGGUCGCAACAGGGACAACACGGUUCAGCUCUGCUCAUAAUGAUCACCUUUACUAGCAAACCAAACAGCAAUCUAGCAAAGGAGAGAGAGAUCUAGCAUUUGGAUUACUUGCAUGAUAUCUUCUGGAAAAAUCCUCUGUUAGUCAUCAUCCGGAUACACCAUUGUUGUCAUCCUGCCAUCUGCCCUUCAGGGCAUGCAGAUUGGGAUAUAGCUUUUAUAAUGUGUUAGGUUCAUAUAUAUUUAAGGAGGUUUUAACCUCUUUUCCUUACUUGAACCUCCAAAACCCACUACUUUGGGGUGCCCCAUUUUCCAUAGGUCAACUUGUGAGUUUCCCAUUAUUAACAUUUACGUCACCUUAUCAUCAUAGUAUUAGGCAGUUUACCUUAAGGAAGUCUCUAACAUUUCACCCUAGCUACUAAUGGUCAUCUCUCCUAGACACAACUAUCCAAACAGAAUUAUUUUCAAAAUAUCAGUAUAUCACAAACAACCACAAGCUCAGCAAGUUUAUUAUUAACUUACUUAUGCUAAUUUAACCUUUUAAAAUUAGGAUAGCUAACUUAUCCUAAGGUCUAAUUUGGCUAAGAUAAAUAUUUUACAAGCCUAUAUCUUCAGUAUACCUGAUGUCUUUUAUCCUUGGCUACCGACCACAUAGUUAAAGGGUUUCAACAAAGAUUUGAGCAAGCUCAAACAAAUAAUACCUAUUCCUUUCCUCAUAUAGAAAGAAACUGGUUUUGUAACCAACUACCUUUUUUAAUAUAGCAUUGCUCACAUUACUGUUUAUACUAUAGAAUCUGUAAGACUCCAGUAGAGGUUAGGUCCCCAUUGUGCUAGGUGUUGUACAGACAAAGAGAGAGUGUCUACACAGAGUAGCUUACAGUUUAAGGCCCCAAUCUUGCAAACACCUACUCACACUAGAAGUGUUUGCAGGAUUGGUGCCUGUGGAGAAUGCUAGGUAAUGUGUUCAGUUAGUAUUAUUUAUAUACGGAGUUAUAGGGGAAGCGAGGCCUGUGGUUGGACAUGAGACAGUGAGGUAAGAUCUGAGGACUCUGUAAAUGCAUUUUGUUUGCUAGGAACCAUCUUGGAAUGUUCAGUUGAAUUCCAGCAGGUGGGCAAGGACCAUUGGAAGAGAGAAAGUACACUUUAUAUGUAUAUAUCUAUCCUAUACCUAAAACACACACUCUUUUAGGAGGAGUGCAAAUGUAUUUGUCUAAUUUAUAUGUUUGAUUUUAGAUGCAUAAAUUAAUUGGACAGCACUACCCAGAAUCAAAGAAAGAUUCUUUGCAGAAAAUUUCAGCAACCAUUAUUUGUUUUUUUAAAGAAACACCACAAAGUGAACUCAGGGAUUUAAAAUAUGAUAUUAAAAUUAUUAUGCUAAUAAUAGGAAACUAACACUAUUGAACUGCCUAAACCAAUAAAUGAGGCACAGACCCAACUCCUGUAAUUAAAGUCUAACUGUAUGACUUAACUGUUUCAGAUCUCUGUUUGCUCUAAUCUAAUGAUACCACAAUAACAGAGAAAAGAAGUGGAGAAUUUAGCUUUUAUAUGUGAUGUCUGGGGGAAGACUAUUAAGCAAGUUAAGAAGCUGGUUAUCACAUAAAACUCUGUUGAUAAAGAGAACAACAAUGUUUUGGAGCUAUUGCAUAGCAGAAAUAAUAACUCCAGAGGUUACUGUAACUGUUUGCUGCUGGUUUAUGAUGUAAGAGUGUAUUUUGUGCAGGAUAGAUUAUAAAAAUUAUGGCAAAAAUAUCCAUUUUAGUAGGUGCACUUAAUCUUGAGAUUUAUACUGUGAUAUUAGAUAGGGCUAAACACCAGGGAUUGUUAUUAGUAUUAUUUAAAAGCAGGGCCGGCUCUAGGCACCAGCUCAGCAAGCAGGUGCUUGGGGUGGCCAAGGGGAAGGGGCGGCAUGUCGGGCUCUUCGGUGGUAAUUCGGUGACGGGUCCCUUGGUCCCUCUCGAAGGGAAGGACCUGCCACAGAAUUGCUGCCGAAGAAGAAAGUGGCGCGGGGGAGCUACUGCUGAAGUGCUGCCGAUCGUGGCUUUUUUUUUUUUUUCCCGCCGCUUGGGGCAGCAAAAACCCUGGAGCCAGCCCUGUUUAAAAGGAAGCAUAGGGUAGUAUGAAUACGCAGUAACAUGUUUAUAGAGUAAAUAAUUUGCUACUGUUGUGAGUUUGUAUUUGAUUUUCCAGAAGCCUGUAUCUGUAAUGAAAUGCCAAAUUUAACAUAGAUAUUGCAGGACUGUUAAAAUCACGAUGAAAAUAUCCAGCCAAUUUGAAUUUUUAUGUACAGGGGAUGUAAGUCAUAGCAAGAGCUGGUGAUAAAACUUUCUCCUUAAGAGUCUAUCUCAAGACUUAAAUCAAAUCCUAACGGCUUUAAUCAAACUGAAUUAUUUUUACAUUAUAUUGACCUAGCUGAGAUCAUGGCAAAGGCCAUCUGAGCUCAUUGGGCUCAGUUGUGCAAAGCUUAUAUGAUGUUACUGGUUGUUUGUGAAGAUGUAAGAAAUUAUUGAAUAAGUUAUACUGUGUCUGCAUAUGCUAGUUUAUAAAGCAUUAUAGUACUAUAAAGACAUUUGCUACCUUGUUUUGAAGGCUUUAAUCAUAAGGCUAGCAUUUACCACAGUACCGCAGGAACACAAUGAGAUGUCUUGGAGGUGCUAAUACUCCCUUUUCUUUUUAACAUCUAAGCUGUUUCUCUUUGUUUCCUUGACUUGAUACGAAAAGAUGUGAUUCAUUUUCAAAACCAAGUCUAGUCUAGAGAUUAAAUGAACUGUGGCAGCAAUAACUUUGCUCAUCUAAUUUAAAACAGUUACACUGUUACCAUAUUGAAACACACUGGGGUAUUCUUGGUAAAACACGAAUUGCUAAAAACCUUUCCCUUGGGCAAUAUCAUUUAUAAUUUAUAUAAAAUAACAUUCAUCUUUUUAACGUUGCCUUUAUGACCUUUUUCACACAAUCACACCAGUUUGUAGUUCUCUUACUUAUACUUUCUUGAUAUUUGUUUUUACUAGUGAUUUUAUGAAGAGGUAGUAAUUAAUGCUAUAUGGACCUGAUCAAAGCCAAUUGAAGUCAAUGGAAGGAUGCCCCAUUGGACUUCAGUGGGUAUUGGAGGAUGACCACCAAAAAAAAAAAAAAGAGAAUCCAUCCUCAACAUACAGGAUUCUGAAGACUAUCCACCUUCAAGAUCACCAUCAUUUUCUAUAGUUUCAGAGUUAUCUGCUAAUGAUAGUGUUUCAGUCACAUUGUGUAUGUCACAUAGCCACAGAAUAUCACCUGUAGCAAAAAAUGAAUUAAAAAAAUCUCCAUCAUCCAUGGAUACAUUUGUGAUAAGAACCAGCAGAUUCUUAAAAGAAAUAAUGAAAAAAUUGCCCGGUUUGUUUAUGCAACAAACUCUUCCUUCCGUAUGAUUGAGAACCCACACUUCAUUAACAUGGUUCAGUUAUUAAGACCAGGGUACAGUCCACCCGACAGAGCAGAUGUUGCAGGCAAAUUGCUAAAUAAAGUCUAUGAAAGAGAAACUGAGCAGUACGCAAAAGGUCUAGAGGAUAAAAUUGUUAACCUGAGUCUUGAUGGGUGGAGCAAUGUCCACAGUGAUGCUGUUGUAUGUGCUUGUGUGACAACAGAAGAAGGGAAUGUUUUCCUUACAGAAACAAUUGAUACAUCAGGAAAUGCACACACAGCAGAAUACUUACAAGAAGUGGCAGUAAAAGCUAUAACAAACUGUGAAAAAAAAUUCAAAUGUCUAGUAUGCAGCUUGGUCACAGACAAUGCUGCAAAUAGUCCCAACCUAACAACAUACAAUUGCAGUGCUCAUUUGAUGCACCUCCUAGCCAAAGACUUCAGUGUUCCAGAAAUAAAGAUUAAUGUUGUUGAAAUUGCAAAAUACUUCUGUAACAACCACUUUGCAGUAGCUGCUCUGAAAAAAGUGGGAGGAACCAAGCUAACUCUCCCACAAGACGUGCAAUGGAACUCCCUAGUGGACUGUUUUGAGCACCGUAUCAAGAAGAGGCCUAAUCUGAUGACAGUUUGUGAACAAACUCGUGAAAAAAUAGAUAGCACUGUCACAGUCAAAGUUCACAACAUUGGGUUUAAGAGAAAUGUUGAACAAGUGCUGAGAACACUGAAGCCUAUUUCUGUAGCCUUGAACAAAAUGCAGGGAAAUAGCUGUUUUAUUGCUGAUGCUGUUGAAAUUUGGAAGGAACUGAGUGAGAUCUUAAAAAUAGAAAUAUGGAAUGACAGAGCUAAAUUACAAGCAUUAAACAAACAAAUGGGACAAGCACUAUCUCCAGCUCAUUUUCUUGCAAAUAUUCUGAAUGCUCGGUACCAGGGUAAAAUAUUAACUGUUGAAGAAGAUGAGUUGGCUAUGACAUGGACAUCCAACAAUCUUUCCUCCAUAAUGCCAACUAUAAUAAACAUCAGAGCUAAGGGUGAACGUUUCAAGAAAUAUAUGUUUGCCGAUGAUGUUUUAAAGAAAGUCACACCAGUGAACUGGUGGAAGUCACUUAAGCACUUGGAUUCAGAGACUGUUGAAAUGAUAAUCUCACUUUUAACAACAGUAGCUUCUUCUGCCAGUGUAAAAAGAAUAUUUUCUUCCUUUGGACUAAUUCAUUCUAAACUGAGAAAUUGUUUGGGACCUGAAAAAACAGGAAAGCUUGUUUUUCUUUUCCAGAUUAUGAACAAACAGGAAAAUGAAGGUGAAGAUAACUGAGUUAGCUGCAGAAGCCAAUAUUUUAAGUUUCUUGUGUUGACCUGACUGACAUAGUUGAUUUAAUUUUUGUUUUUUUAAGAAAUAUAUUUCAUUUAACUAUUUUAGUUAAAAAGUUUUAACAAAAACAAACCUGAUUUUAAAAUUCUUGAAUGUAUAACUAAAUUCAAAAAUUCAUAUACUUAUUUUGUUAAAUUAUUAUAUGCUUGCUAUUGAAGAAAAAAAUCCAUAAUGCAUAACGUUGUUGUUUUAGUUAAAUAAAACAAGUUAAAUGUCUGUCCGAUGAUGUUCUCCUCCCAAUACAGCAUGGCAAGAAAAUCCUCCAAAUAUUAAUGAUUUACCUGUUGAAUUGGAGAUAGUUCACCUUCUAAUGACUUCAUAAAUAUCUGCUUCAAUUACAUUUAGUAAAUGAAAUAACCAAACAAUUAUUCAUUUUCUGAUAUA